AUGGGAAUGGAUAACGAUGGAUUUUCUAGUCGGUUUACCAACGAUUCAGCAAGGUUUGAUUCUAUAUGGGUGAUUGUCGACAGAAUGACAAAAUCAGCUCAUUUCAUUCCUGUCAAGACUUCUUAUACUGCAGCAAAAUUAGAACAGAUUUAUAUUGACAUAAUUGUGAGUUUACACAGGGUGACAGUGUCAAUUAUUUCAGACAGAGGUUCAAUGUUUACCUCUCGAUUCUGGAAAAGUCUUAUUGAAAUGGCUCCGUACGAAGCAUUAUAUGGUCGGAAAUGUAGAUCUCCCAUGUGUUGGGAAGAACUCGGAGAAAGAAAACUGACUGGGACUGAAAUCAUACAGAUUAAUUCUGAAAAAAUACCGGUGAUCAAGCAGCGACUAGAGACUGCUUUCAGCCGACAGAAAAGUGAUUAUCGUGUGGGAGCUGUAGCUUACAAGCUAGCUCUACCACCAGACAUGUCUCAAGUGCAUCCGGUUUUCAACAUAUCGAUGCUACGAAAGUACAUUUCAGAUCCCUCCCAUAUUAUCCAACCUCAGAGUGUAGAAGUAAAUGAAGAAUUAUCAUAUGAAAAGGAACCAGUGCAGAUAACAAACACUCAAGUAAGAAAACAUCGUACUAAGAUAUUCUGA